AUGGCGAAGGUGGUGGUUUACACCCUCAUAGCCACCGCCGUCAUCAUCCUCAUAGUGCUCUCCCCCUCCAAACAACACGGUCAGGACCUUGGAGGUGGCCGGAAUCGCCGUCUCGGUUACAAAUUUCCGGUCGCGACUUUUGAUCCACUUGUGGCAGAAUUGGAAAGAUUAGCUCAAAAUCAUGGGCUAGGGGACCCCAUUAAUCCACUUGAUUUGGAAAAUCAUUCCUUCCCAGAUGAGUUUGCAGAUGCAUACAAAUAUUUUAGUGAAGGAAAGCUAAAUAUAACCUUGAGGUUGAUUGUUUUGUUCCCUUUGUUGGACAAGGCAUCAAAUGAUGGGGUGGUUAGUUUCAAGGAGCUAGAGGUUUGGAUUGCACAGAGAGCCCUACAAGGAUUGAAUUAUAGGACAGAGAAAGAGUUGGCAUUGCUUGACAAGGAUGAAGAUGGGAUCAUAUCUUUCAGGGAGUAUUUAUCUCAAUUUUCCAAUGAAGAUCUAGAGAAAAAUGGACAGGGGUAUGGUGAAGCUGGAUGGUGGAAGGAGCAACUUGAGAAUGCUGAUGCUGAUCAAAAUGGAUCUCUUAGCUUUGAUGAGUUCAAAGAUUUCUUGCACCCUGAAGACAGUGGAAACGAGAAAGUUCAGAAAUGGCUUUUGAGAGAAAAGAUGAAGCGAAUGGACUAUGAUGGUGAUGGGAAACUAGAUUUUGCGGAAUUCCAUGAACAUUCUUAUGGUAUUUACAAGAAUUAUGUUGAAUUUGAAACUGCUGGGGCUGCUGUUCCAACAGCAGAAGAGAAAUUUGCAGAGCUUGAUGUGAACAAGGACAGAUUCCUGGGAGUGGAAGAAUUGAAACCCAUGCUACCUUACCUUCACCCAGGAGAACUGUUUUCUGCAAAACAUUAUACUAGUUAUCUAAUUCAUCAGGCUGAUGACAACAAAGAUGGGAGCUUGUCACUUGACGAGAUGCUCAAUCACGAGAACAUUUUCUAUAGCACCGUCUAUGAUGAAAACAAUGAAGAUUAUGAUGAAGAUUUCCAUGACGAACUCUGA